GGGAGGAACUUCCUCCCUCAACUCUGAUGCAAAAGAUCCAGACUGUGGUGCUGUGUUCGGAUGUAAUGCUGGUGCCACAGAACCGGAGGUCCAGCCCUGCAGACACCACCUGACUGGAGCAUUUGGACCCUCAAUCCGAAGCAGACCAUCUCAGGACCAUGAAGCUUCUUCUCCUCUCCCUUUUUGCUCUCCUGCCAUUGGUAGCUGGCACAGCAUCGACCACCCAUGAUGGAGUUGCACAUUCAGAUGAGCCCGCCACAAAAGCCAAAGAAACCGAGAAGCACACCGUCCCUACGCAUUCCCACUCCACUACUCCCCUGGCGACCACCCUGGAAUGUGAAUGUACUGAUUGCAAGGGUAAUACCUGUACGGUUAAAGGAGGAGGAGGUUGCUUUGCUGUGGCAGUGGCAAGUAAUCUAGGAGGGUCUGAAGUAUCCGGGACAUUCAAAGGCUGCUGGGAUAAGUUUGAUACUUGUAAAGAUGGAGUCACAGUGAUGACUCCAGGAAAUGGCACUUAUUGGAGAAGCAACAUGUCAUGCUGCAAAGAGGAUAAGUGCAACCACAACAUUGUUAUUAAAGCUCCAGAAGAGGACACAACACUCAGCCAUCAGAGCUGCCACUCCUGCUUUGCUGUCAAUGCUACCACCUGCAAUGCUACCAUCACCAAGUGCUUCCAGCCAGAGGACUCCUGCUUCAAUGUUACUGGGUAUAGCAUCACAGGUGGAAAGAAUACGAGCUUUGUUGGGAAAGGCUGCGCUACCUCCGAGAUAGCAGUUAUUAAAAGUGGCCCUACAUUGAAAAUUGAUGAGGACACUUAUCAUUUCAGCAGCAUAAAGAAAGUCCCAGGCAGUGCCACCAGGGCUCCAGGAAGCCUGUUUCUUGCCAUUUUCCUACCAGGUCUUUUGCUGCUGCUAAACAAAUCUCUCUACUGAUCUCCAUCUGUCUGUUAAGCUCAAAAAGUCUUCUUUAAGAUGGAAAAACAGACAGGCCAGGGGAUG